GAAUCUAAAGAGGCUUUUAGUUCCCUUACGAAGUGUAAACUGUUAGUCUGUGACUUUGAAAAUACAAAGUGAAAGUUAACUAGCAGUACUCACAGAAAAAGUAAAAAAAAAAAGUAAUAGAACAAUAAAAAGUUCAAAAAAAAAUUGUUAAAAAUAAACUAACCAAAAAUUUUACAAAAAAAUGGAGCGUUGGCACAAACGCGUCGCGGUAGUUACCGGCGCCAGUUCCGGCAUUGGCGCGGCUAUUGUGAAAUAUCUCGCAAAUAACGGUAUGCUUGUAGUGGGUCUCGCACGGCGCGUAGAACGCAUUGAGGCAUUACGUAAUGCAGCAUCCGCUGAGGCCCGCAAACGCAUACACGCGAUCCGCUGUAAUAUCUGCAAUGAGAAUGAAGUGAUUGCUGCUUGCAAGGAAAUCACAAGCAAAUUUGGCCCCAUAGCGGUUUUAGUAAACAAUGCAGGCAUACUGCGCAACAGCUCAGUGUUGGCCGAAGGCAACACGCAGGAUAUACGAGAUAUCAUUGAAACUAACAUAUUAGGCGUGGUGUAUGCCACACGCGAGGCAUUCCGCUCGAUGAAGGCGCAUGGCGGUGAGGGGCAUGUCUUUCUGAUGAACAGCGUAGCCGGGCAUAAGGUGACGGCAGGGAAUGUGCCAAUGAGCAUCUAUGCACCGUCAAAGCAUGCUAUAACGGCAUUAACCGAAGUUUAUCGGAACGAGUUCAACCAUGAGCGCACUAAAGUGAAAGUUACGAGCAUUAGCCCCGGUUUCGUUGAAACUGAAAUUAUAACGCAGCGCAUUCGCGACGAGCUCAAAGAUUUCUCAGUCCUGAGCGCCGACGAUAUUGCCGAUGCCGUGAUUUAUUGCCUGCAAACACCACCACAUGUGCAGAUUCAUGAACUGACGAUCAAGCCACUUGGCGAGUUAUUCUAAUUACUUCAAUUAAGUAUUUAUGAUAUACAUACACAACAGUAAUGUAGUAAUUAAUUUUCAAUUUUGUACCGUUUUAUUGAUACUACCACUUAUUACAAAAACAAAUAUUUUCGUAGUUAGACAAUAGUAAUAAUAAAUAAAAUAUAUGCUAUA